CUCUUCUCUCACUCCAUCUCCAAAUUAACCUUUCAAAGUUCAAACCCCUCCCUCCCUAGAUCUCUCUCUCUAGAAAUCUCUCUCCCCCACCACCUCCGUAAACAUUCAGCAGAACCACCCAAAUUAUCACCACACAAAAGACGCCACCCAGAGUGCAUAAUUCAGCUGAGGAAUGGGUAACGCCGACAACGUGUACCCUCCCACCACCGUCAACGUGUACCCUCCCACCACCGUCGAGUGUGCGCACAGAGUGGCGAUCCCACCACCGGUACCAUUCAUCAAGUCACUCAAGUGCACUCUCAAGGAGACUCUGUUUCCUGAUGACCCUCUCCGCCAAUUCAAGAACCAACCACCCUCUCGGAAGUUCAGGCUAGGCCUUCAGUACUUAUUUCCCAUCUUCGAAUGGGGUUCGCGUUACAGCCUCGACAUCUUCAAAUCUGACCUCAUCGCCGGCAUCACCAUAGCUAGCCUUGCAGUCCCUCAGGGGAUCAGUUAUGCCAAACUGGCCAACCUGCCACCUAUUCUCGGCCUAUAUUCUAGCUUUGUACCGCCGUUGGUUUAUGCUAUGAUGGGUAGUUCCAGAGAUUUGGCAGUGGGGACUGUGGCUGUUGCUUCGCUUCUAACGGCUUCUAUGUUGGGAAGUGAAGUUGAUGUCAAUGAGAAUCCAACGCUUUAUCUUCAUCUUGCUUUCACGGCCACUUUCUUCGCCGGAGUUUUUCAAGCAGCUUUAGGCGUCUUCAGGCUAGGGUUUAUAGUGGAUUUUCUAUCACAUGCAACGAUAGUAGGAUUCAUGGCCGGAGCAGCGACUGUAGUGAUUCUCCAACAGCUGAAAGGAAUUCUUGGGCUUGAGCAUUUUACCCGUGGAACCGAUAUUAUAUCUGUCUUGAAAUCUGUCUUCAGCCAAACACAUGAGUGGAGAUGGGAAAGUGCUGUGCUGGGGAUUUGUUUCCUUUCCUACCUCCUCCUUGCCAGAUAUUUUAGCAAAAAACGACCAAAUCUGUUUUGGAUAUCAGCAAUGGCUCCUUUGACGUCUGUUAUCCUCGGAAGCGUUCUUGUUUAUCUCACCCACGCCGAGAACCACGGUGUUGAAGUGAUUGGAGAUUUGAAGAAGGGGUUGAAUCCUCUGACAGUAACGGAUCUGGCAUUUGGAUCAAAAUACCUGACACUAGCCAUCAAAACCGGCAUAGUCACGGCUGUCAUCGCUCUUGCUGAAGGUAUAGCUGUGGGAAGAAGCUUUGCAAUGUUCAAGAAUUACCACAUUGAUGGUAACAAAGAGAUGAUUGCUUUCGGAGUGAUGAACAUGGCUGGCUCUUGCACUUCUUGCUAUCUAACCACAGGGCCAUUUUCUAGAUCAGCAGUGAAUUUCAAUGCUGGAUGCAAGACAGCAGCUUCUAACAUAAUCAUGGCAGUGGCAGUGAUGUUCACAUUGUUAUUCCUAACGCCACUCUUCCAUUACACUCCCCUUGUGGUUCUGUCAUCCAUAAUCAUCGCUGCAAUGCUUGGCCUUAUCAAGUACGAUGAAGCAAUCCAUCUCUGGCAGGUGGAAAAGUUCGACUUCCUAGUGUGCAUGAGUGCCUACAUUGGUGUUGUCUUUUGCAGUGUCGAGAUUGGCUUAGUCAUAGCAGUUGCUUUGUCUUUGCUUAGAGUACUUCUGUUUGUGGCGAGGCCAAGGACCUUGGUUCUCGGUAACAUACCAGAUUCUAUGAUCUUCAGAAGCGUCGAUCAGUACCCUAAUGCAAACACUGUUCCGGGAAUUCUCGUACUUAAGAUCGAUGCUCCAAUUUACUUUGCCAAUUCUAGCUACUUAAGAGAAAGGACAUCGAGGUGGGUAAAUGAAGAGGAAGACAGAUUAAAGUCUUCUGGAGAAGCCAGCUUAAACUAUGUUAUACUUGAUAUGGGUGCUGUUGGUAACAUUGACACUAGCGGCAUUAGCAUGCUCGAGGAGGUCAAGAAGAAUCUUGAUAGAAGAGAGCUCAAGCUCGUAUUGGCCAAUCCGGGAGGAGAGGUGAUGAAGAAGCUGAACAAGUCCAAGUUCAUCGAGACAAUAGGUCAGGAAUGGAUCUAUCUGACAGUAGGAGAGGCCGUUGGAGCAUGCAACUUCAUGCUUCAUACAGCCAAAAUGAUAACCGCCACAAAUGAUUCAGAGACAUGGAGUAACAAUGUCUGAGCUACCAAUGAACCACAUAUAUAUAUAUAGAUAUAAAUAUAUAUGUGUGUGUGUGUGUGUGUGUGUGUGUUCAUCAGGUUGAUUAUUUUCAUGUGGGCUCAAUUAUGAUCGCGCGCAUUCACAUCACUUGAUCAGGAUGGCAACACAUGCGGCUCAUAAAAAGAGAGGGUUUGAUGUGUUGAUUUUAGUCAUGUAAUGCGUAAAAUCAAAGUUGGAGGUUUUUUUGAUCUUCCAACAUCAUGCAAUUUGUAGAAUAUAUUGUCAUAUAGGUGGAUUAAAAAUCAAUUAUAUUUUGACUUCGUAAUGAAAAUUCCAUUGGCUA